GCUUUACAUAAGACUGCAUUCACUGAAACCAAAGCAACAGUCCGAGCAGCUUUCAGAAUGACAGUCUGCAGAAGUGAGCUGAGCGUGUGCGCGGUACGGGGCUCUCCUGCCUUCUGGGCUCCAACGCAGCUCUGUGGCUGAACUGGGUGCUCACCACGGGAACUGCUGGGCGAUGGAAUACAGAUGUGGCAGCUCAGGUAGCCCCACAUUGCCUGGAGGAAUAUAUCAUGUUUUUCGUUAAGAAGAAAUUGUAGGAGCCAGUUUUUUUUUAACCGCCCCCCGCCACCCCCAAAAAACUGUAAAGAUGCAAAAACGUAAUAUCCAUGAAGAUCCUAUUACCUAGGAAGAUUUUGAUGUUUUGCUGUGAAUGCGGUGUUGGGAUUUAUUUGUUCUUGGAGUGUUCUGCGUGGCUGGCAAAGAAUAAUGUUCCAAAAUCGGUCCAUCUCCCGAGGGGUCCAAUUUUUCUUCCUGGGUGUCAGCGAGCCCUGACUCACUACAGUGCAGCUGACAGGGGCUGUCAUGCAAGUGGCCCCUAAGCCAAAGCAAAAGACCUAAGGACGACCUUUGAACAAUACAAAGGAUGGGUUUCAAUGUAAUUAGGCUACUGAGCGGAUCAGCUGUAGCACUGGUUAUAGCCCCCACUGUCUUACUGACAAUGCUUUCUUCUGCCGAACGAGGAUGCCCUAAGGGCUGUAGGUGUGAAGGCAAAAUGGUAUAUUGUGAAUCUCAGAAAUUACAGGAGAUACCCUCAAGUAUAUCUGCUGGUUGCUUAGGUCUGUCCCUUCGCUAUAACAGCCUUCAAAAACUUAAGUAUAAUCAAUUUAAAGGGCUCAACCAGCUCACCUGGCUAUACCUUGACCAUAACCAUAUCAGCAAUAUUGACGAAAAUGCUUUUAAUGGAAUACGCAGACUCAAAGAGCUGAUUCUUAGUUCCAAUAGAAUCUCCUAUUUUCUUAACAAUACCUUCAGACCGGUGACAAAUUUACGGAACUUGGAUCUGUCCUAUAAUCAGCUGCAUUCUCUGGGAUCUGAACAGUUUCGGGGCUUGAGGAAGCUGCUGAGUUUACAUUUACGGUCUAACUCCCUGAGAACCAUCCCUGUGCGAAUAUUCCAAGACUGCCGCAACCUGGAACUUUUGGACCUGGGAUAUAACCGGAUCCGAAGUUUAGCCAGGAAUGUCUUUGCUGGCAUGAUCAGACUCAAAGAACUUCACCUGGAGCACAAUCAAUUUUCCAAGCUCAACCUGGCCCUUUUUCCAAGGUUGGUGAGCCUUCAGAACCUUUACUUGCAGUGGAAUAAAAUCAGUGUCAUAGGACAGACCAUGUCCUGGACCUGGAGCUCAUUACAAAGGCUUGAUUUAUCAGGCAAUGAGAUCGAAGCUUUCAGUGGACCCAGUGUUUUCCAAUGUGUCCCGAAUCUGCAGCGCCUCAACCUGGAUUCCAACAAGCUCACAUUUAUUGGUCAAGAGAUUUUGGAUUCUUGGAUAUCCCUCAAUGACAUCAGUCUUGCUGGGAAUAUAUGGGAAUGCAGCCGAAACAUUUGCUCCCUUGUAAACUGGCUGAAAAGUUUUAAAGGUCUAAGGGAGAAUACAAUUAUCUGUGCCAGUCCCAAAGAGCUGCAAGGAGUAAAUGUGAUCGAUGCAGUGAAGAACUACAGCAUCUGUGGCAAAAGUACUACAGAGAGGUUUGAUCUGGCCAGGGCUCUCCCAAAGCCAACGUUUAAGCCUAAGCUCCCCAGGCCGAAGCAUGAGAGCAAACCCCCUUUGCCCCCGACGGUGGGAGCCACAGAGCCCGGCCCAGAGACCGAUGCUGACGCCGAGCACAUCUCUUUCCAUAAAAUCAUCGCGGGGAGCGUGGCGCUUUUCCUGUCCGUGCUUGUCAUCCUGCUGGUUAUCUACGUGUCAUGGAAGCGGUACCCUGCGAGCAUGAAGCAGCUGCAGCAGCGCUCCCUCAUGCGAAGGCACAGGAAAAAGAAAAGACAGUCCCUAAAGCAAAUGACUCCCAGCACCCAGGAAUUUUACGUAGAUUACAAACCCACCAACACGGAGACCAGCGAGAUGCUGCUGAAUGGGACGGGACCCUGCACCUAUAGCAAAUCAGGCUCCAGGGAGUGUGAGACGGAUCCUUGCUUUGUAGCUCAGGCUGCAGUGCAAUGGUGGGAUCUCAGCUCACUGUGACCUCCACCUCCCAGGUUCAACUGAUUCUCCUGCCUCAGCAUCCCGAUUAGCUGGAAUUAAUUACAGACACAUGCCACCAUGCCUGGCGAAUUUUUGUAUUUUUAGUAGAGACGGGGUUUCACCACGUUGGCCAGGCUGGUCUCGAACUCCUGAUCUCAGGUAAUCCACCUGCCUCAGCCUCCCAAAGUGCUGGGAUUACAGGCGUGAGCCACCAUGCCUAGCCACCUUGUACAUGUUUCUUAUUGUAUGAGUAAGUACUACAUCAGAUCUGGAAUGUCUAUACUCGAAGAACUUAUAUUCUGAAGCAAGAAGUACAAAUAUCGAGUGAAGGUAAUAUUUGUAGUCAUUGAUUCAAACAGUUUUCUCACCACACUAACAUAAAUAACUUACCUGCCUUUUGAUGUUAAAAAAAAAAAAAAAAAAGCCACCUGCUAAGAUCUGGGUAUGGAGACAUGGCUGUGUAUCAACUAAGUAUUUGAGUAGUGACCAAUACUUAAUUAAGAGGGUCACUGAAUUGAGAAGAAGGCCUGAAUUUUGAUUUCUACAAAAACAGUUCAGAGAGAGAUUUUUGCUUUAAAAGUCUGACUCUUUGUAAUAUUUCUUCCUGUCUUUAAGGAAAGUCAAAACAUGGACAAAAGCCACAUAUCACCUACUGAUAUUCAUGUGAAUCAAAAAAUAAACUGGUAAUGAUGAGGAUGAGAAAAGGUGAGAAAUGUAUCUUGCUUCCCUGUUAAAAUGAUGACACAUGUAAGGACAGCCCGGCGGCAUGGUGUCUGAUACGUUAUCUCUGUCAGCUUUUUCUUCCCACAGUCCUUCUUCCCUCAAAAAUGCUGAUCAGAGAAAUUUUGAAACACAAGAUAUUUGUGGUAUUUUUUUCCAGUGGAAACCACCAUUAUUGCCUGUAACCUUGAUCCAUUUUAAUAGAGGACUACAGAACUAAUCCUAAAAUAAGUCAAGAUAACUGAUGGUAGUUGGAAUCCUUAGUCUAACAAAAUACUGCUUUCAAAAGACUAGUAUACUCAUCGAUGAAUGCCUUUUAAACUUACAUCAUGUCAAUUAUUUGCAACUUAUGUUUAUAAAAUAUUUGCUAGUUUUGGGGAACUCUGCAAGUUUCUUGUUUCUGAUUCUUUGCUUAAACAUAUACAAUUAUGUUCAGUCUUACAAAGCAGGCACUUCCUCCAGCCAAAAGGGAAAUAACUCUAGUAGAACUCAAUAUUUUCUGAACAGAUUUUGUUGUUAGGUUGUAUCACCCCCAAAGGAAAGGACAAAAUUAGGAAGAGUGAAUUUGUUACUAUUUACUCGCCAAAGCCUCAAGGUAGUUUUAUAGAGAUAAUCUUAACAACAGGAAAUAGUAUAUAGUGUGGUAUUGGUGUUUUUACUAUAAGCUCCUUUUCCUAUCGAUUAUUUUUUUCUAGUGGAGAGAAAUGCUAAUAUUUUAUCUGGAUAAUAAAUUAAAAAGUGGUUUCUUGACAUUUUACUGUUUUUUUUUAAUUCCAUUUAAAGAAAAUGAUUUCCAAAGCCAGACAAUGGUGCUGUUCAAUAGAAAAUGAUGACCUUUAAUGAAAACCCUGCCCCUUACUAAUUUUCACAUCUUUACCAACCUCCUAAUCAAUGUGGAAGCGGCAUAAAUGAAGGGAAAAAAUGCUUUAUCUAAAUACACUUUAUCUAAAUCACUUCACCCAAGCAGACAUUCUCUAUCUCAGUUCCUAGGUCAUUUCCUUCACUGUAUUUUCCAAUUCAAAAUUACUUCUUUCUUCACCUGUUCAUUGUGUCAGUGAUCACAUAAGCCAUAGGUUUUAUAUGGAAGGGAAGUUUAAAGACCUAGUGACUUCCAAGUGUUAUUGCUGAAGAAAGGAAAAGUUAAGGGAAGAGGUGGCAAAGGUGGAUAUAUCUGAUGAAUUAGAAAAAAAGUUAUAGUGCGGUCUCAAUAGCAAUUAAUCUCUAAAUGUAACAAGCAAAAGUAAAAGUAAUGCUUUUGUUUAUUUUACUCCAUCAUUUUUUAUUGGUUAUUUAUUUCUAAAUUAUUCAGCAUCUUCUCUCGUUGUUCUAUUAUUACAGUAAUUAUCUACCACCUGUUGAACAGUACAGUGCCAGGUACUUUACAAACAAUUUUGCAACUAUCUUGCAAGGUAAGGAGUCCUGUACCUGUGUAAUGCAGGGAAACUGAGUUGCAUAAAAGGGAAGCCACAAAGUCACAGAGACAGGAAGUGGCAGAGUUGGGAUUUAAGUUUAUUUCUGCCUGAUUCCAAAGCUGUUCUCUUGACUCUAUAUCACACCAUUUAACUGUUCAAUGGUGUGAUAAAGAGGUAUACUUAAGCUUUUUAAAUAUCUGUCUUAUCAACUUGGUAAUAAACUUUGCAAAGGUAGAAGCUAUCAUUCCUACCCCACUCUGCCCCUUCUCUUUCUCUUUCUCUCCCUUUCUGUGCUAUCUAUAUACUAUUCCACAUCUUGAAAAGAGUAAUUUUUUUUUUUGAGACAGUUUCACUUCUGUGGCCCAGGCUGGAGUGCAAUAGUGCCAUCUAGGCUCACCACAACUUCUGCCUCCAGAGUUCAAGCAAUUCUCCUGCCUCGGCCUUCCGAGUAGCUGGGAUUAUAGGCAUGUGCCACCAUGCCUGGCUAAUUUUGUAUUUUUAGUAGAGACAGGGUUUCACCAUGUUGGUCAAGCUGGUCUCGAACUCCCAACUUCAGGUGAUCCCUCUGCUCAGCUUCUGAAAGUUCUGGGAUUACAGGCGUGAGCCACCAUGGUUGGCUGAAAAGAGGAAUUUUAUCUUCAUUUACUUUGUAGUUUAUUCAACUUCUACUUCCAAAAACUUAGCUUUUUCCUGGGACAAAUCCCCCAGACAUUUUUUAUUCUCAUAUAAUUUCAACUUCUAGCCACUAAAGUAGAACUCUAAAUUAUUUACCUUAGAAGAUUCAGAAUUAUGUAUUAUAAAGUUUACAAAUUAGACAAUAAAAGUUUAAAUUCAUUUAAAACUUGAGUGAUUAUAAUGCCAUCAGCACACUAUAGGAUGUAAACAUUUUAAUGGUGCAAUAUUUAAAAUAAAUAUCUUUACAUCCUUUGAACGUUCAAAUUCUGUUUGAUAUCUUUUAUUUGUUCUCUUUAUCUCCUCAAAAUUACAGUCUUAAUUUUUUUUUUUUUUUGAGAUGGAGUCUCACUCUGUCGCCUAGGCUGGAGUACAGUGGCAAAAUCUCAGCUCACUGCACCCUCCACCUCCCAGGUUCAAGUCAUCCCUCCACCUCAGCCUUCUAGGUAGCUGGGAUUACAAUCAUGCACCACCAUGCCUGGCUAAUUUUUUUGUAUUUUUAGUACAGACAGGGUUUCAACACGUUGGCCAGGCUGGUCUCGAACUCCUGUCCUCAAAUGAUGCACCUGCCUUGGCCUCCCAAAGUGCUAGGAUUAUAGGCAUAAGCCACUGCACCUGGCUUACAACCUCAAAAAUUAUGUAUUGCUUAUUAGUUCUUCACUGUAGGUUCAAGAUCAACUAAGUCUGUGUGACUCCUAAACCAGAUUUUACCUUCAAAUUCCUGGGCGUCAGUUCCCGUUUAGCAUCAACACAUUGAACUGAAAUUAGAAUGCGACUCACCAUGUAUUUCCAGGGAAUUAACAAAUUGGCUCUUUUUCCUCUCACACUAUUUGGAUAUUGAAAUUAAAGUAGCUAACAUUAAGAUGAUUUCUUGAUUUUUAAAUUUGCCUUGAUCAAUGUCUUAUUGGCUUCAAUAUGACUUUUUUUUAACAUAAAAUAGCCCUUAAAUGUACAUUUUUCAUGAUUUUUUUCAUUUCUAAAAAAGAUGUGAAAUAAGAUAUUUGACAAUCAGGACUUUCACACUUUAGGCAGUUCAACUGCCACUGAAACUUUAAUUAGGUCCAACUUGGAAUCUAAAAUCUUAAAAUGGUAUCCAGUGAAAGAGAAAACCUGAAAACAUAAUGCAAAAGCUUUUUUUCUGAAACCCUUGCCAGUGUUUCCCUGUAAAUGUUACAGCUUUCAAAGAACACUCAACAUUUCCUACCAUUUAAAAAUCCACAAUUUAUUACAAAUAAGUAUAGUAGAAAUGUUCUAUUCCUACUGAAUAUAUUGAUAAAAUGGUAUUUUUAAAAAAUGUCUUCAAAAACAUGUCAAGUAACUCAAAAGGUACAUAUAAUAUAAAAACAUUCACCUCAAAAUAGCCAUUAUUACAGAUAUUUUGAUAAAAAUAUAUACAAAGGAAGCUACAGAGGAAGAAAGGCCAACAGGUAACAUGUAUAGUAAGUGAAGAACAGUUUUAUUAAAAUGAACUCAAGGUACCCACACUAUAUUAAAUAAAGGUACUAUAUUAAAUAUAGCUAUACUUGAAAUAAUCACAGUAUAAGAACUUUAAAUGAAAUUAAUAAAUUUACUAAAAAUGAGAUAAAUGUUUCUUUUUUCUUGUUUUUUAACAUUUAGAGAUAAAUGUUUCUUAACCCCCUAAAACAUAUUAAGUAACAAAAUAUUAAUGAGUUUGGGAAAAACUUAUGCAUUAAAAAUUGGGACCAUUACUUGGGACAAAAGCUGAAGAAAUGAACAUAUUAAUGUUUUAUCCUAUCUUCCAUCAAUUUGAUUUUUAUUAUUACUUUCAUUGUUUAUUCAUCGUUUCUAUUUUAUUCAAUAACCAUAGAGCCUGUGGUUUUUAAUUUUAGUUCUGAAUUUAUAUUGAUUAAAAUUUUAUAUUCAGUUUUUUAGUUGGAAUCCCUCCAUACCUGAAUUCUUUGACAUGAUUCACCUCUUGGUAGGCUGAAAUGUACUGUAGCUUUUUUGUUUGUUUUGUUUUUACAGGGUGGUUAUUCAAGUUUUUAACUUAUAAGAACAAUAAUUUAUUUGUUCAUAAUUGUGUGAGUUAGCAAGGCAAUUCUCAUCUGGGUUGGCCUGGCAGAUCUCUGAGGUCAUCUGGCAGUUUUGUAGGGGCCUGAUGGUCUAGGAUAGCCUCUUUCAUUUGUCUGGCUCUUACAAGCUUGUUGGAUUUAAGAGCCUCAGCUAGGACAGCACAAUCCCACUCCAUGUAGUCUUUCAUCCUCCAGUAGGCUAGCUCAGGCAUAUUCACAAGUGGUAGCCUCAGGAUUCAAAAAAGCAAAAUGAGAGAAGGCCCCAGUGCAUAAGAAUCUUUUUAAGGCUUUGCUUACCUUACUGUUUUUCAGUGUUUUCUUGUUUUAAUUUUCCUUAAUGAGGGUUUAUACUAUUUGAUGUAACUUCUUAUGCACUUGAAAAUAUUUGUGCAUUUGUAUUUACAUUUAAAAGAUAACUUGGGUGGGUAUAAAAUCUUUGGUUAUACUUUCUUGUUCUCAGAAUUUUUAGACAUAAUUCUAUAGGAUUUUGGUAUCUAAUAAAUCCAUGGGAAAACUAACCUCAUUUUUCUUCCAUGUGACUUGGUAUUCAUGCUGAAUAGACACAUAAAUUUGUCCACUAUCUUUAAUGUUUAUUAACCUUCCCACGAUAUAGAAUGUCAUUAAAAUCAUAGGUAAGUCUUUAUUUCAGGAAUUUAUCUUCUACCAUUUUAAUAUUUGAGAACAAAAAUUAUAUUUAUAUUGGAUCUCCUUUUUUCCUUUCCACAUCUUUCAUCUUCCCAUAAUAAAUGUCGUGUUUUUGUGCAUUUGAAUUAAAUUUUAUGGGAAUUUUUCAAAGCUUUUUUUUUAUAUUCCUAACUUAGUUUUCAGUCAUGUUUAUUCUACUUGUUGUUAUUGCUUCUAAUAUCUGUGUCUAUGAAAGCUUUCAUGUUUCUCUCCCAUUUUUCUUCAGAUACACAUAAUCUCUUUCAUCUGUUUUUCACUGAACCUCUACUUUGACUCUCACAGAUAUUUUUUCAGGGUUUUUGUUUGUUGGUUUGUUUGCCUGUAUUAUGUCUAGUAUAAUUUCCCUGAAUAAAUGGGUAAUUUUUAUCCUAAUCUUCCAUUGUUUCUUUGGGAAAUUUCUCUUGUAGUUUUUUAUAUGGCUCUUUGUUGUGUUAUUAUCUCUUUAGUCACCUUUCUAAUUGUUAGUCAUAUUUGAUGGUCACAGAUUGAGAGAAAAAAACAGAAGAGUUUGCAGUCUCUUGUUUCUCUUGCUAGACUUUUUUACACCAUUCCUCUGUCACCGAAUCUCUUAUUUCCUUUUCCCAGGCCACACCUCUCCAUCUGGAGUAUGUGGCUAAAAACAAAUCCUUUGACAUCAGAGAUUUUCUAUGUUAUGGUUUGUACUUACUGUCUCUUCUUACUUCUUCACUUCUCUUCAUCUCUGGCAUUCUCUGGUUCUGAAACUUAGUUCUAAAUAAGAACCCUGUCAUUCUAAUAAAGAUUCUACUUCUACCUCUCCUGGAGGCUUUACGGAGUCAAAUUUGUUCCUAUGACCUUCCAUUACUAUGUAUCUCUUCCCUUGAGUCAGGGCUCUUUUGACCCUUCAAGAUUGUGACUCUUGCUUUUGGAGAACUGUUUAUAAUAUUCUAACUAGUACUAUGGCAUUACAAAAAAAAUAAAACACACACAUGCACACACACACACACACACACACACAUGCACAUGGACUAGAGCAGAAGAUUACACAUACCAUUUAUAAGUACAUAUUGUUCUUUAGAAAAGUUAUUAUAGUUAUAGCAACUAGUAUGUCUCAUAAUUGUAUGUAGGCAAAUAUACCUCCUUCCCACAUUUGCUAGAAUAAUCUUUGGAUACAGUAACAGAAAAUACAACAAUGUUUUAAAAUAUAAAAGGGUUUAUUACUCAUCUUAGAAAAUAAGAAGUCAGGAAGUAGUGGCAUCUAAUGUUGGAUUGCUGACUUAAUGAUGCAAGGCCUAAUAUCUCUCCAAUUAUUUUUGGCUUAUCACCUCACAGUCCCCAGAUGGCUACUGUCCUCCAGGUAUUAGAUCUGUGCUCAAGGAAAGAAGAGUCGGGGAGCAAUAGCCACAACCUUCCUCUUUUAAUAGGAAAACAGAAGCAUCCUUACCACCCCCACCACCAUCACUCUAAGCAAGUUUCUGCUCACAUCUCAGUAGCUGCUAGGAAUUUUCCAGUGCUAUUGUAUAGGCACGCAAAAAGAAAAGUGUUAGCAAGAGCUUUCAGUUCAGCCAACAUUUGGAGUGUUUGCCAUACUCCAAAUGCUGAGAACCCUUCAACAGAAAGGAUUCGAGCAUACCCAUCUUUGUAUGCCCAGUUCUUAGAAGAGUUUGAUGUAUUUAUAGAUAUUAAUUAAAUAUUUGUCAAAUUAUACUCCUUUAUGGCUAAUAUUAUUUAUUUCUUCUGAACCUAAUAACUGAAUUAACAUUUUCCAAAAACACAUUUACCAUGAAUCUUGGGCAACUAUAAAAUAGUAGACAAUCUACAAUACAAAUCUAUAAAAUUUCAUAUUAAGCUGAAAUUAAGAUUAUUUGUCAAAUAUGUCAAUAAAGCACUUCAUGUGUCCAAAAUUACAUUAAAAGAAUAAAAUCUGUGCAAUAUAAAAUAGGUUGGGAGUGACAAAGAUGAUGUGAAAUUAGCUUCAUGUUUUGGUGGUAAAAUUGGUUUCCGCCUUAUUUGCCCUGUGAAACCUCUUAUUCCUUACACUAAAGAGCUAGUCUGUUCUGUUGUUAAUAACAAUUAUUCAAAAGGUUACAAAUUAAGUAGAAAACAUAAUUGCUAAUGGAAACACAGAAAUUUAACUGUAGAGUGCUUUACAGUGCUGCAUUGUAUUUUUCGAGUUAAAGUUAAAACUUUAUUGUCAAUAUUUAUGGAAACUUUCAUUCUAUUCCAUAACAUAUACAUAUUGGCUACAAUAUAAAUGAGUAUUUUUUCCUAAAAUUUUUAGUAGAAUUAAAACUUAAAGAUGAUCCACCAAGUUCAUCCUAGGUUAUGUGCAACUUUAAUAACGACAAUGAUAUAAGGUGACGAUAGCAAAUACAUAGAGUGAUUGUAUGUACCAGGUACUUUCCUAAGCACUUCAUAUGUAUGAACCAAUUUAAUCCUCAUCACAACCCUUGGAGGUAGGUAUUAUCAUCAACCACACAUGCAGAAGAGCAAAUGGAAGCAGAGCUUGUGGAAGUUAAUUUGCCCAAGGACAUACACGUUGCAAGGGGCAGAGCUAGAAUUCAGUCUCGGACAUCAGGAUACAGAACCUGGGCUCUUAAACACGUGCCUUAAAAACCACUGUGGAUCCCCAGGGGUACCCAUACACAGUUUUGACAAAACAUUACUUCCUGUAUCAUUUCAAGCACUCUACAGGCACUACCUUUAGAUGUAAUAUAUGAGGAAACAGAAACUUAAAGAAAUUAUAGUAACUUGCCAAAAAUCACAAGCUCAGUAGAUACAUUUCAAACACAGCUCUCUCUGACUCUGAAGCCUACAUUCUUAUCCACUGUGCAGUGCACUGUACUAACUGACAGAAGGAGAAAACCCUGCAGUGUGUGAUCCACUUCCUAUGUCACAGAGUAUGAGGAAUAUCACAAGGUCAUGGAAUUUCAGAGCUGAAAGGGUUCAUCCAGUCCAACCCAUUUAUUUUAUGGGUACGGAACUGAAACCCAGAGACAAUAGCAAUGCCACCACGUCACUGCCAGAUCUCCUAUAUUCCCACCUACAGGUCAGUCCUCCCUAUCCCCCUUUCCCUUUAGGUUGAUUUUUCAUUUAAAAAGUAUUCGGUAUAAUAUACAUUGUUAUAGCUCACAAUUUCAAGGAUAUUACACAUAUUUGCCUUUAUCAUUUGACAAUAAUGAAAACCUUCAUUAUUCCACAGCCUUUACUUUCUCCAAAGCUUUAUUUCAAAAAGUAUCAUUGUUCUUUUUCAUCUUAGAAAACAUAAAAUCUACUUGCUUGUCUUCAGGAACCCUAGGAAGACAAAAAUUAUCACAGUUUAUACCCAGCAUCCCUGAAGAAUCCUGUCCAUUGUGUAUCUGCCCUCACUGGUUGUCCUCUUAACUUGGACACAUAGAAUGACGUCUUUGACAUAUUUCCAGCCUCACAUUGGUUUUGCAUAUACACUUCUGUAAAGUGAUCAAGAUUUUCAGUUGGGAUUCACGAGCAUUGUUAAACAUUUAGUAAAAGCGAUCCCAGAAAAUGCAACUAGAGCUUACUAUAAUAUGUUCUGUAGGUUGGAAAAUGAUGCAGCUCCAUGAACAUAAAGCAAUUAUUAAUUAGCAGCAAAGACAUGCCAUUUUCAAUCUUAUCUUUUCAUGAUUUAAAAAAAUAAUACUUUUCCCUUAUAUUUUCCAGGUAAGGAGUCUUACCAGUUCUUCUGCACUGCAAUGGCCACUAAGUAAUAUUUCUUAAGCAAUACUGUUAUGCAUAUUAUUAUAUCAGCAAUCCUAAAUGACAUAGGAAAGACAUCAUAUUUCAUUUUCUACAUGGGGAAAUUAAGGCUCAGAGAAGUUAGGUGAAAAGACCAAAGUCAAAAAUGCUAAUAGGUGUGAGGACCUGACUCAAAUUUAGAUCUGUCAUCUGCAUCUUGUAUCUGUCCUUAAGACUGUAUUAAGUUGCCUCCCUUAGUUUAAUAAAAUUCUCUACCAUUCAAAAUUAAAAUUGUAUAUCUGUAAUGUUUGCUGUUUACUUCGGUGAGUAGUUAUUUCAGUUGUUAAUAGAUAUAAUUCAGUUGUUCACAAAUAUGUUUAUUAGAUAUAUAUGUUUAUUAUAUACAUAUAUAUAUAAUGCCUUUAAACAAUCACUGUUAUCAUUUCCAACAAACAAAGCAGACAAUUUAAAGAGAUGGAAUUCUCAGACAUGCAGUGCCACUUCAAAGUCCAUUCACAUGCUGGACAAAAAGUCACAUUAAAACACUUAAUACUGAACUGUACCAUGACCUCAGAUAACACAGUGCUACAUACAUACUCCUAAAAGCACAUUUAUACUGGUUGAUAGCUAGGAGUACAGAUUACUUUCUUUUCUUGAUACAAAAGUAUUAACACCAUAAAGUUAAAUCUGAGGAAUAACUUCGAGGAACGUAAUAGGCAGGUAAAGCAGCUCAGUAUAAACAAAAUUUUCCUUUAAAGAGGCUGUUACUCUGAUAUAAUAUAAAUAUAAUAUUUUUCCAAAUGUGCAUUUCUGAUUUGCAUGGAUUUUAAAGCCGUUACUGGUGAUUAUGAAAAGGAUACAGGCUCACUCUCACAAGGAUGUAGAUUGAUCUCUGAUAUCUAGCCUUCCCAAGGUGCUAUUUUGGGUAUGAAAAGUUACCCCAGAGCCCCAAGGUCUAAAAUCCCACUAAAUUAGGCUUUCCUAGGACUGCUGUUUGUAAACACUCUGGAGAAUUUGUCUCUAAAAACAGGUGGUUAAGGAUAGAGACAAAAAGGGGAGUGUAAAAAAUACUCCUUUUUUCCCUUAAAGCAAAGAAUCAACAUAAUUAGUUUGUAUUUUGGUUCACUGUAGAAGUCCAUCACUACUGUGCACUACUCAUUUCACAAGAAAAAGUUCUUUUCCUAUCAUUCUUCACCGUGCACGCUUCAGUGCUUCACAGGUGUACAGGUCAUUUUCUUAAAUGUAUAACCACAGUAGGCUUACAUAGAUCCCUUUAAAAGUUAAUGCAACAGUGGUAAUAGGUUUACACAAAAAUUGUAAUUUAUGUCAGGCUGUUUUGUUAAGAGAAUCUGGGCCUAUAUUUACAGCCUUAAUAAACUACUAUAUACUUCCUAAUUGUAUAACCUGUGGUGUUAUGGGAUAUGUAAAUUAAGAAAUACCUUUAUCUGGGAACCCCAAGUGGUGCCUGUUUGUAAUAUAUGUGUUCUUGAAAUAUAUUCAAGAUAUAAUUUGUUUUAGAUUAAAAUAUUAGGGAAAAUACUGUUCCUAUAAUCUCUUUUAUUUUACACUUCAAUUCCAAAAUUUAUAAUGUAUUUGCCAAACACUUUAUUUAGUAGCUAAUGGGAAGCAUUUCUAAAGAGAGAUGGUGGUAAUGCUGUAAUUUUUUAAAAUAAAGACUCUUGUUUCAUUGAGAUGAUGUAUGUUUUUUAUAAAAACUUCAAGUAAUAUAGAGAAGCUUUAGAAAGUUUUAAGUAAUCCAAAUUCCAUUAACCAGAAAACAACAGCCAUCUGCACCACAGAGUAAACACCAUUCAAGACAUAGCUAAAUGUCUACUAAGGUAGAAAAACAUCAGAGAGAUGUAUACCCACAUAAGCCUUAAUUUUAAAAAAAUUGAAUCAAAUUAUAUAUGACAGUUUAAUAUUUAAAUGUUAUAUUUUCUUUUUCUUUAAUUUGACUAAAGAAAUUUUGAACUAAAAGCUGAAAUUCAGGUGAAUGUUUCUCUUUUUCUUUUUUUGAGACGGAGUUUCGCUCUUGUUACCCAGGCUGGAGUGCAAUGGCACGAUCUUGGCUCACCGCAACCUCCGCCUACUGGGUUCAGGCAAUUCUCCUGCCUCAGCCUCCUGAGUAGCUGGGAUUACAGGCACGCACCACCAUGCCUAGCUAAGUUUUUGUAUAUUUAGUCGAGACGGAGUUUCACCAUGUUGAUCAAGAUGGUCUCGAUCUCUUGACCUCAUGAUCCACCCGCCUCGGCCUCCCAAAGUGCUGGGAUUACAGGCGUGAGCCACCGCGCCCGGCCCGUAAAUGUUUCUUAAACCCAAAGCAUGUUUUCUUUUCUAUAAGGGCACGCCAAAGUUGAGGUGAAAAAGGAAAAAAUUUAGGAGGUUGGAAUCCUCUGUGUAUUUCAACAUUCAGUAGUAGCUAUUAACCUCAUGCUUAUGUAGUUAAGAAAAUUAACUGAUAAUUCUUCCAAUAGUACUUUUUCACAUAUUAAUCAUUUUCAUUAAUAUGCUUACAUUAUCAGUUUAUAAUGUAUCAUUUAUAUGCUAUUCUGUAAUUAUAAUUUCUAAAGCUGUUACUUUUUAUCCAUAAUUAGACAGAUUUGAUGCUAACCAUCUUAAACUAAGUUCCUCCAUUCUUGAGCUACUGUUGACUCAUCAUGUAUGUGCACACAUGUUGUGUUUAAAUGAGAGCUCCAGGGUUCUAUAUUGUCUAGUUUUUGCUUCAGAAUAUCUUUCUGUUGAUAUUAUAUUUGACUAAAAAUAAAACUUGAAUCAUAUUUCCCUUCCUUUAGAACUGUGUAGAAAUUGCUUCUCUGACUUCUCAUAUUAUGUGGAAAUUGAAAGCCAACCUUUAUUCCCCUUACAUGUAGCAGGUAUCUUUUCCAUAAAUGUUCAUCUGGUUGAACCUUUAUUUAACCUUGGAGUUCAGGAAAUAGUUUAAAAUAUCUCUUAGUAUUCAUUGUUCUAUCUAAAAUUGUCCUAGAACAGAGUACAAACUUCAAUUUGAAGAUUCAAAUCUUUGUAACAAUUUUCUUCUUUUUACUUUUGUAUUUUUUAUUGAUUCUUUUCUUUGGUUCCCUUUUCUCACGAUCACCAAUUAUAUACAUGUUGUCUCUCUUUUCCGUCUUCCAUAUCUUUAUUCAUUAUAAAAACUUCAUGCUGUUCAUACGCAUUUCAUUUUGUCAGAUGUUUUCAAACCUAGUAUCUAUGCUUCUGACUUCGUUUUCAAUCAAGUUUAUUGCAUUUGUGUUGCUUCCAGUGUCUAUUUUAUUUCUGUCAUUUUUAAAUUUCCAUUUUCAUUUUUUACUGAACUCUUGUUCUGUUUUCAUCUGCUUUUAUUCCUGUAUACUCUCUUCUCUGAAUUCAUCUGUCUCCUUUCUGAACUCUGCUUUUUAGAAUGUGUAUUUGUUGUGAUAUAUGCUUGUUGUCAUUUAUUUGCUUGUUUUCCUCUCCAUGUGUGAAAAAGAAAAUGGUAGUUUUAUGCAUGAACUUAUCCACUGGUCCCUUUCUGAUUGCUAUUUCUCUUUGAAUGAGACAGCAACUGACCAAGUGGUACAAUGGGGAGUGGAAGAGGAAGUGCAUACCUGAAAAUGUACUAAGGAAGUUGGCAACCACUAUUUCAGCUUACUGACUCAAACAUCUUUUCAAAUAUUUUGUUUCCCUAACAUUGAAAGGAGUUCUUCCCUCAAAUUUUUUAUUUAAGGACUCUGCAUGGAUCACAGCAAGUUUUCCUACAGCAGGGUACCACCUACUUCCUCCACCUUCUUUGACAGACUGCCUGGGCGAAAAGACCAAGCGGUAGAGAAUAGAAUGAGGUUGUUGGAAGAAAGUCCCUCUAAGGCUUCCCUCCCCUACCAUUCUAGAGUGUCAGGCAGGAUAUCUACAUGGUCAUUCUCAUAUCACCCAGAAACCAAGCUCUCUUUAAUCAAAGACCAUCAGAUAUUUUGGGGGAAAAGGCACCUAUGUCUGAGUCAACAUUUUACAGUGGGUUUCGUUAUCUAUUUCAAUAUUUAGUCUAUGGACUUCAUAAUUUGUAUCACUGUAGUUGUAAAGCUUCCUUGCUUUCUUGGAGAUGACAAUAUUUUCCCUCUUUUUUACUUCUUUGAUAUUUUUAGUAGGCUUUGAGAAAGUAGGAAGAAAAAAGCCUCUAUAACAACAUCUAAAACUGGAACUAUAUGAAUAUUUUAUAUCCCAUCAAAAUAUAUUUUAUCAUCAAAAUGUCUGGUUCAAAAUAGGGAAUUUCUAAUUAGUUCACAUAAACUGUAUCUACUGAAUAUCUUCUAUAUACAAAAAGGACCUAGACACUUGUCUAGGUGCAGGUGUCUAUACAAAAAUUAAUGAGCCAAGAUGUGGAAUCUCAUGAGCUCACAGAUUUAUAGCUAAUCAUUGUAUAAUAAAAUACAUGUAAUAAAAACGGAAUGAAAAAUAUAUUAACAGUAAGAAAAUAUGGGAUUUAAUAUUUUGUGAUUUCCAAAGUGUUUUCAAGUCCAUUUAACUAAUAUUCAUUGAAGACUGACUAUGACAGAUCUAAAAACAUUACUAAAAUUGACAACUUCAAAUAAACUAGGCUGAAAGGGGUUAGGUUAUUUGCCAAGAAUAUAGUGCCAUAGAGAAAGACUGUUUCUGAUUACAAUCUAGGAUUCUUUUUACCUGUUGCCCUGGAAAGAAGAACUGAGUUGAUCAUGUGGAACAAAAAGAAAUCUACCUUGGGAGCCAUGAUUAGUCCUCCAUGUACCAUGCUGGCAUCCACAAUCUGUCUUUUGUGUACCACACUGGGAUCCACAAUACAUUCUUUGUGGUUUGUUCUUUAAGAAAUCCAUGGUUUGCACUUUAAGAAAUAUACUGUGAUUUCUUGCAGUAAUAGAAACUCAUCUGGCUCUAACUACAAUACCAGCCAUAGUUUUAAGGUUUGGAUGUGGAGAUAUUUGAAAAUAUUUCUUUCUUACAGGGCAGUUAACAGGUUAAUCAAAAAACUUGACAAAAUUUGAUAUCACAAAAUCAUCUAUAUGUAUGUGUGUGUGUGUGUGUGUGUUUAUUUAUUUAUAUUUUAUUUUGAGAUGGAGUCUCACUCUGUCACCCAGGCUGGAGUGUAGUGGCAUGAUCUCAGCUCACUGCAACCUCUGCCUCUAGGGUUAGAGUGAAUCUCCUGCCUCAGCUUCCCAAGUAGCUGGGAAUACAGGUGCGUGUCACCAUGCCCAGCUAAUUUUUGUAUUUCUUUAGUUGAGAUAGGGUUUCACCAUAUUGACAAGGCUGGUCUCAAACUACUAAUCUGAAGUGAUCUGCCCACCUCUGCCUCCCAAAGUGCUGGGAUUAAAGGCGUGAGCCACCGUGCCUGGCCUGUGUCUGUGUGUAUACAUAUAUAUUAUAUAUUUUAACUUAAAAUUAAUACAUGUUCCAAGAGUUUAUGGUAAGGCCAAGGAUUUGUAUUUACAUAAUGGUUCACUCACUGUAAAUAAGUACUUUUCUGUCCUUCCCACUUUCAUUUAUUUUUAUGUAAAAUAAGAUCAUAAAGGCAUUUGAGGCCAACUACAGUAAACAUCUACGUUUUAUGAGGUACUUUUAGUUUUCACCCAUUUCUGAUUGUAUUCCUGAUUCCUGAUUUUCUCAUAUAUUUUUUAAAAGGCAACUCUUAAGUCUUAUCAACAUACACAAAUUGGUUAUAAAUGUACAAAAUCACAUUUGUAUUUUGCAUUUCUAGUAUGUUACAUGAUAUUUAAUUAAAUUAUAUAACAAAAACUAAUACAACUGUCAUAAACAUGUUUGGGAACAAAUAAAGCUGACCUUCAAUAAGGUUUCAACUCAGCUGUGAGAGCAGUAAUAGACAAACCUACUAGUGCUGUUAUCUGAUGACUAAGUUUACGGGCUCUGGAGCCAGACAGCCUGGGUGUGAAUCCUGAUCCAUUACCUACUAGCCUUUUUAACCGUGGACAAGUCACUUAACCUUUCUGUGCCUCAGUUUCCUCAUAGGCAAUAUGAGAAUGAUAAUAAAGUUUUGUUGUGAAGAUUAAAGGAGUUAAUUUGAACAAAGCACUUAAAACAGUAAAUGGAAGAUGUUAAGUGCUACGUAUAAAUAUUGGAUAUUAUUACUACCUAGGCAUACAGUGUACAAGACAUGCCAGUCAAAGUGUUCUGCAGAUGGAAUGGAAAACACUAGCUAAUCUGGCAACUUUAAACAGAAGCUAGUAAGACAAACUCUUACUUUCAGUAUUAGUUUAACUAGUGACCCUUAUUAGAUCAUAAGUAUCCUGACAGAAGGAAUUAGAUCGGUUCCAUUCAUAUUAUAUAUCUAAUGAACACAGUGCCUGCACUUACUAAGUAUUUUACAGUUAAUUAAUGAAUCAAGUUCAAAUAUGGUAGGAUAAGGUUUUUACAACAUGAUAUCAAUACUAUCUCAUAAAUAUGGGUUACUUGACACUGAAAAAAUAUUCUUGCCUCUUAUUUUUUUUUUUGAGAUGGAGUUUUGCUCUUGUUGACCCUGCUGAAGUGCAAUGGUGCAAUCCCGGCUCAACCGCAACCUCCACCUCCUGAGUUCAAGAGAUUCUCCUGCCUCAGCCUCCCAAGUAGCUGGGAUUACAGGCACACCACACCCAGCUAAUUUUGUAUUUUUAGUAGAGACAGGGUUGUUCACAAACUCCCGACUUCAGGUGAUCUGCCUGCCUCUGCCUCCCAGAGUGCUGGGAUUACAGGCUUGAGCCACCGUGCCUGGCCUCUUGCCUCUUUUCUAAUUGAUACUAGUAAGAACUUUAUAGUAUAUAUAAUUAUUUCAACUUUAUAAAUAAGAAAUUUGGAGUACAAAGAGGUUGAGUAAUUUGUUCCAGGUUACACAGUAUGAGUCAUUGAUAUAGCUGGGGCUCAAAGUCAGGACUCGUCUUGAGGUCUCCCUAUGUAAUGUCAUUCCCUCAACAUAAAUAGUCUUAAAAUAACCUCAGUUCAUCCUAUGUCUCCAUGAAUACCAUCUCCCUGUUUGUCCUAUUUGACUUUUGAUGCUCUUUACUCACUGUAAGUUCAAAUUCUAAGCAUCCGUUUACGAAAAAAUGUUUCUCUUCCAUUCUUGCCUAAUUUUCUUCAUUGCUGUAACUCUAUCAUAAAAACAGCCAAGCAUGAGAUUAAAUGUGGUUUAUGAAAUAAGAACGUCACUUGUUUAAUUUGCUUUAAAUACCUCACCUGUGAUGCAUUUAACAACAUAAUUGUGUUAAUACCAAUAUCACUGCUUUCCCUCACUGUGUCAAGAAGCACAGUAGUUUAGAUUCUACCAGGGUCACCUUCUCUUGCAGCUCAGUCCCAAAUCACCUUACAAUAAAAAACACGUUGUCAAAGUCAAUGAAUGGACAGAAUUAUAGUAUUUUUAUAAUCAUGGCUUAAUGAAAUCAAAUGGCUGAGCCACCUCAAACUAAGCCAGUCUUUAAAAUAUCAUCCUAACAAAUGAAGCAUAUAAGUAAAGAAGUGUUACGUGGGAGGGGAAGCAAAGGGUUGACAAGAACUCAAAUAUACAGCCUCAUGCUUAAUUGUAUUAUUAAGAGCACAAGAGCUCCUUUAUAUUCAUAACCAUUCUUAAUAAUAUGUCCCUUCUAAGCUUUUGUUAUCUUCGCUCAUGAAUGGAUGGCAGCAGGAUAUUGUAACAUACCUCAUUUGUAAGUAAGGCUAUGUAGGGCUCAUUUCUGUUCACUUACAUGGUCUAACAAUUUAUCCCAUCUCUAACUUUCACAAUAGCUCUAAGUUUAUUCAAGUCAACAAUUCAACAAAUAUUUACUAAAUUUUAUUAUGUCUUAUACACUGUAUUGGGCACUAUAAAGAAUCAAAGAUUGUUUAAGGACAGCCCCCUACUUCAAUGAAGUUAAAAUAGAAAAUUCAGAUUUAGAUAUCAAAAGUCAUUUAAAAGGAAAAUAAGCUCUAAAACUUGGGUUUUAAUAAGGCAUAAUGAAAAUACAGUCAAGACCGGGCGUGGUGGCUCACGCUUAUAAUCCCAGCACUUUGGGAGGCCAAGGUGGGUGGAUCACAAGAUCAGAAGUUCAAGACCAGCCUGGCCAACAUGAUGAAACCCUGCCUCUACUAAAAAUACAAAAAUUGGCAGGGUACGGUGGCAAGUGCCUCUAAUCCCAGCUACUCA